AUGGAAGCACACAUCACUAGCAAGCAACUCCUGGAGCUAUUAACUGCUCAGCAGCUAGGCAAAUUGAGCGAAUUGCCAAUUGAGCUUCGCACACUCAUCUAUCGCCUUGUCCAUGCCCCCAUCGACAAGAUCGAUUUCCCCGCCAUCAAGAAACGUGAGGGUAUUGCACAGGACAAGGGCAUGUUCAUGGCAGUGUGGCUCUUUUCAGUAAAGCUUGAAGAGUUGGACGUUUCUGACAUGUUCGGAACGGAGAUGGGCAAAGUAUUAGAGAAGUACUCGAAGAACUUUGCCCCCGCCGCUUUGAUUCAACUGUUCGAGAAUCACGACUCUUCGGCUGCUUGUUUCACUGCCCAUCUGGCUAUUGAGGACCUUGGCGCCGUCGAUUAUACCGCACUCGAGGAGGUCAAGAUCUGCUUCCCCCGCCAGCUCGCUAUUGAGUUUUCCCGCCUUGUCCCACAGACCGAUAAAUAUUAUCUGUCUUACGCUAUCUAUCCUUCCCGCGGGGCCCAGCAGUUCCCUGUUCUCGAGCUCUUUCCUGAUGGCAGAGGAGUUACUAUUCGAUCUUUGCUAGUCGAUGACGAUUGCCCUAACUUGACGGAACAGUGCAACAACGAAAGCCCAUCUGUAGUUUGUCUGCAUGGUGGUCAAGGAUGUGCCUGUACCCUCAUUACGAUCUUCACCCCCAUGAUCUCCAUCCAGGCUGAUUCGGCUUUGGGCCCGCUCACGGUUCAUAACAACAUCCCCCCGUUGACUCCUUGGGAGCAUUACAACGUCCUGCCCCGCUGGAGCCUGGCGUGCCACAAGAGGCCUCUCUACCACUACUGGAUCACCAUUAUGCUGGAGCAGCUUGGACCUGAUGCGGUUUGGAUUAGCCCUUCCGGUGAUAUCUGCCGCAGCAGUGAUAUCGGCUUGUGA